CGCCUACAUAGAAAAGCCUUGUUUGUCUGCGGUGGCAACUUUACAGCGACAGAGGCUUUGAAAUACAACAGGCGCGUAAUUUUUCAUGGUAUCGCCUUCUCAGUGCUUUGAGUUUCUUUUAAAGUUCUGAAGGAUUACAAACAUUAAAUACAACAAAUCGUUUUUCGUGUGAGUUUUUUUUUCUCACACUCAGAGUAUUCCAUAAUCUUCCAUUCAAAAAAGGAACGAAAUCCCUGGGUGAGCAGCUGCGACGGCGCACAGGGCAAAGCGCCUGAAGAAGAGGACGUAAUUUUGCACUUUUCGGAUGGGAUAUCUUAUUCCCCCUGGGGUUACCUGCUGGCCAACAAUGAUCGGUUUGGGGCUAUUGUUUAAGGACGUUUUGUUUUAGGAUUAUAUUUUUUAUUUAACAGCCAACGUUUUUUUGUGAUCUUUGAGGGAGAACUGAAAACCAUUAUUUAACAAUGCCGGAUCUAAUAUCAAUUUCGGAAUUUGUAUCCGAGACCAACGAAGAUUAUAAAUCUCCUACAGCUUCAAACUUCACCACCCGGAUGGCACAGUGCAGGAACACAGUAGCUGCGCUGGAAGAGGCACUAGAUGUUGACCGAAGUGUUUUGUACAAAAUGAAGAAAUCUGUGAAAGCGAUAUACACCUCUGGUCUUGCACAUGUGGAAAACGAGGAACAGUACACACAGGCCUUGGAAAAGUUUGGAGAAAACUGUGUCUACCGAGAUGACCCCGAUUUGGGCUCUGCUUUCCUCAAGUUCUCUGUGUUCACAAAAGAGCUGACAGCCCUUUUCAAAAAUCUGUUUCAAAACAUGAACAAUAUCAUUACAUUUCCACUGGAUAGUCUUCUGAAAGGUGAUCUAAAAGGCGUUAAAGGGGAUCUGAAAAAGCCUUUUGAUAAGGCCUGGAAAGAUUAUGAAACAAAAGUUACUAAGAUAGAGAAAGAGAAGAAAGAACAUGCAAAGCAGCAUGGGAUGAUUCGGACUGAAAUCAGCGGGGCAGAACUUGCUGAGGAAAUGGAAAAGGAAAGGCGAUUCUUUCAGCUACAGAUGUGUGAGUAUCUUCUGAAAGUUAAUGAGAUCAAGAUCAAGAAAGGAGUUGACUUGCUUCAGAAUCUCAUUAAGUACUUCCAUGCCCAAUGCAAUUUCUUUCAGGAUGGAUUGAAAGCUGUGGAAAGCCUUAAGCCAUCAAUGGAAAAGCUGGCAACAGAUUUGCAUGCGAUAAAGCAAGUUCAAGAUGAAGAAAGAAAACAGCUGACCCAGCUUAGAGAUGUCCUGAAGUCUGCCUUGCAGGUCGAACAGAAAGAGUCUAGGAGAGAUUCACAGGUCCGCCAGAGCACUAUGUAUAGUUUGCAUCAGCCUCAGGGAAACAAGGAACAUGGCACUGAAAGAUGUGGAAACCUGUACAAGAAAAGCGAUGGUAUUAGGAAAGUGUGGCAAAAAAGAAAAUGCAGUGUUAAAAAUGGAUAUCUGACAAUAUCUCAUGGGACGGCUAACAGACCACCAGCCAAGCUCAAUUUACUGACUUGCCAAGUGAAGCCUAAUCCAGAUGAGAAAAAAAGCUUUGAUCUCAUAUCACAUGACCGGACAUACCAUUUUCAAUCAGAAGAUGAGCAAGAAUGUCAGAUCUGGAUGUCCGUGUUACAGAACAGCAAAGAAGAAGCUUUGAACAAUGCCUUUAAAGGUGAUCAUAAUGUCGGGGAAAACAACAUUGUUCAGGAAUUGACAAAAUCCAUUAUGGCAGAGGUGAAGAGAAUGACAGGCAACGACGUCUGUUGCGACUGUGGGGCAUCAGAUCCCACAUGGCUCUCAACAAAUCUUGGAAUUUUGACGUGUAUUGAAUGCUCCGGAAUUCACAGAGAGCUUGGUGUUCACUAUUCAAGAAUACAGUCUCUCACACUUGAUGUCCUGGGAACCUCAGAACUCUUGCUGGCCAAGAAUAUUGGAAACUCUUCAUUCAAUGAGAUAAUGGAGGCGUGUAUUCCAGCAGAUGUUGUUAAACCCAGUCCUGCUAGUGACAUGAAUGCACGAAAGGAUUAUAUCACUGCCAAAUACACUGAAAAGAAGUAUGCUAGGAAGAAGUGCACAGAAAAUGCAGCUAAACUGCACGGUUUGUGUGAAGCGGUGAAAGCCAGAGAUAUAUUGUCAUUGGUACAAGUCUAUGCCGAAGGUGUGGACAUGACUGAGCCAAUCCCCCUCGCAAAUGGACAUGAGCAAGGAGAAACUGCACUUCACCUUGCAGUGAGGCUAGUGGACCGUACUUCACUCCAUAUAGUGGACUUUCUAGUACAAAAUAGUGGCAAUCUGGAUAAGCAGACUGCAAAGGGUAGCACCGCUCUGCACUACUGCUGCCUGACAGAUAACAUUGAAUGCCUCAAACUGUUACUGAGGGGGAAGGCCUCCAUUGAAAUAGCCAAUGAUGCUGGCGAAACACCGCUGGACAUUGCAAAGCGUCUAAAGCACACUCAGUGUGAAGAGCUGCUGACACAGGCUUUAUCUGGGAAGUUUAACGCACAUGUCCAUGUGGAAUAUGAGUGGAGGCUGAAACAUGAGGAUCUAGACGAGAGUGAUGAAGAUAUGGAUGAGAAGAUGGAUAAAGAGGAUGGACAGGAUGAUAGCACAAGGCCCAGCCCUCUGCGCAGAGAUGAAAGACCUAUCAGCUGUUAUCAGCCUCCCAGUGCUCCUCUUCAGCCCACAGCAGCUGCUUUGGCAAGAGACGCAGCAAACCUUGUUAAGGACAAGCAGAGAAGUUACGUUCCAAGCAUGAUUAACAAUGAGACGUAUGGAACAGUUCUAAACACCAGCCCAAUUUCAAACCAGCCAGCAGCCCCAGUGACCACCAGUGGCCCUCCACUGCCACCAAGAAAUAUAGCCAAAGUUCAGUUCCCAGUUCUAGGUCCAGGAGUACAGACCACAAGCUCCAAUGUGUGGAAGUCUGGAUCCUUGGCAAUAGAAAACAACAGCAGGCAGAGAUCCUCAUCUGACCCCCCCAAUAUUCAACCACCUGUUCCUCCUCUUCGUGUGACUUCAACAGCAAAUCCUCCUCCACCUGCCGCACCUCCACCACCUGUGGCAAAAACAGUUAGUGUUAUGGAAGCAAUGAAUCUUCAGUCAAAACAGCCAGGACCACCUCCUCUUCCUCCUGUGAAGCCGACACCACCGCCACUUCCUCCACAUCCACCUGGCAGAGCCACCCAACCAAAAUCUCCAGCCAGUAAUGAGAAAACAUUCAACAAAGGACCUCUUGGGCUGGGAUCGGUUCCUAAACCAGAAAAAGAAUUUAAACCAGCAGUAGGGUCACAGUUGGGAUCCUCUCAGAACUCCACUGGACAGAUCCAGCCUCCUGCUCCAAUGCCAAGAAAGUCCUUUGCUCAUAAACAGAAGCCAAAACGUGUCAAGGCCAUUUAUAACUGUAUGGCUGAUAACCCUGAUGAGCUGACCUUCACAGAAGGAGAAGUGAUCAUUGUGGAUGGGGAGGAAGAUCAAGAGUGGUGGCUGGGCCACAUUGAAGGAGAUCCUACCAGAAGAGGCGCCUUUCCUGUCACCUUUGUCCACUUCAUCGUUGACUGAGGACCACCUCUUCCGUGCUUGUACUCCUCUCAUUUGCACUGGAGUGUCCGGCGUCCAAGCGCAGGAGGCGUGGAGUGGAGUCGAGCUCUUUGCUCUCGGAGCAGAAGUAAUCUAUGCAGGUCUCCAGUGAGAGGUUUUCACCAGUGCAUCUGUCCAAACAUGACUACCUGCGUUUCAUCGUGAAUUUUCAGGAUGCACUUCCAAUCUGUAGCACAUGCCUAAACAAGCCUUCUGUUGCAAUAAAUGCACUUUUCGUAACGGUGGAACAACUGUGGUUAUUAAGGAAGAAACAAAGUGGGUGAGCGGUUUUUAAUUUUUUUAUAGGCUGGAGAUCAGAACUGGAAUACCAAACAUUGUUAUUAAAAAUGCUGCAAAAAUGCUAAUUUAAUGCAGUAGCAUAUUGUGUAUAUUAUGAUCUAUGAACUUGUAUAAGCUAAAUUUAAAAAGGAUGGUGCCUAUGGGAUUUAUUCAUAAUAAGCAUUAUAUUUAUUGCAUGUUUUAAGCAAAAAAAAAAAACAACUAUACUGGAACUUUUACUGGAAUACGUCAAACAGUAAGGAUACAGAAGUCUACCUGCACCCGAAGCCACUCUACUUUGCUGAACUUUAUGCAUUUUAGGUUUUAUGUAUGAAUAUGGCAGAGCACGCACGGCCCAGCUCCACCCAGUAAAGCCAUUGUUUCAGGAAUCCCGUUUCUCCAAGGCACUGGGAAGCCCCUCUCAGUUGGGUCCAUCCUGGGAAGUUCUUGCUGCCUGGUUGGCCUUGGAGCUUUAGGAUCAAGACGUCAAAAUGAACAGCAGUUCUGCGUGACACGACCUAAAGCAUACGUACGUGUGUGUUCUGGACUUGACACUUCUUUGAAAUUCGCUUUUAGACUUCGAAAGACGUUUGUACACUAAAGCCUCGCAGUCCAGUCUCUUUGCUUUUGCACGCUUGCACGCCACGGGAUGUUGUGCAUGUGCGUCUGCUUUAUGGCUGCAUCUUCCCGAUUCUGAAUUUACCAGGAGGCAUGAAGGAAAUGCAGAGAAUUCAUAGUGCGGGAGGAUUUCCCUCGCAAAGAUGACUUACUGUAUACCUAAGCAAAACUUUUUAUUUGGCAGCCACCAAGUGCGGGUGCUGGCGGGCGUCUUGUCACUGCCCAUUUUACUUGAAAUGCCACGUCCACAGCUUUAUACGAAAUCUCCUCCACAGUAAUAACCUGAACUGUGUUUAGCGACUCCAAAUUGCUGCCAUGUUGUCACUCUUUCAGGUGGUCUAAAUAAACACGAAGGUGAUGAUGAGAAAUCUGCUCCUUCACUAGAAUAGCUGCCAAGGACUCCAUGUUGUUGAACAAAUGCUAAUUCUGUGCUCUUUUUAGAAAUUGUUGUUUAUUUAUUUUGGCAGAAACGUAGCAGAGCUAAGAAGGAAAUCUGCUGCACUGAGACAUGAUGUGAUGUCACGAGACCCGAUCGAGAAGAGUGUCCAUGUCAGUGCGUCUGCCCGGGCUAUAGGAACGUUCCUUUAGCUCAGCAGGCCAAUAUUCUCAACUUUCCAGUCUGCUGCUGUGCUGGCAGUAAAUUUAAAAUCAGGUAGAAAGUGACCUGCAGCUGAAACGGUGCAAACAACUUUUCUAACAUAUCACCGUUGUAUCAGAUGCUAAAAAGACCUACAUGAGCCGGGAGCUGAAACCGUUCCCAGUUUACUCAACACCCCAGACACAUUACAUGUUCUGCCGUCUCCCACCGCGUGUGAGAAAACAUGACGUCCAAAUCCCUGAGGGCUGCUUAGUUACAUUCCUUGAAGUUUUUUGUAUUUUUUUGGAGAUAUUUUUGAAGAGGUCCUUUGGUGAAUGUUAAUCAGAUUUUUUGUUAUGUUUUUCUAUGAGUUCAAAUUUUCAGUACAAUAAAUGCAACAGAUUUGUAUUUUUAAAUACAUAGGUGCACACUCACUCACAUACACACACACACACAAACACACAGACAAUAUAUAUUAUAUAUAUAGUUUAAAUCCAUUUAAUGUAAUGAGUUUGAUUUAGUUGCAGAGCAACUGUAUAUACUGUAUAUCCUUGAGAGACUUAUUCCUGACUGCUGUUAGCGGAGACUUGACAGCAGAGCAUGUGUAAUAAUAAAUGGAUGUGCCACAUUGUCCUUCUUUCAUCUGUUUAUUCCCAGGGAUUGUAACAAUAAAGCCGUAACUGUACCUAAUCGUC